GAGCAGGGAAUGGUUGGUAUCUGAAAAUCAGCACUUCUUUAGUUCCACUCAAUGAGCUGUGGAGAGAAGGGAAACCAAAUGCCAGAGGAAGACAGUGUGAAGCAGAGCAGAUCCAGCCGUUGGAACAAGGAGUUGGGACUGGGGAAAACAGCUUAAAAAUAGAGACCUUUCAACAAAGGACCUGAUGUCAUGAGAAUCAGAGAGAGAUGAGUCCCUCCUGGCUGUCCUGAACAGUGUCUGCGUGGAGCCUCCUGGCCAAGACCUGUUGUCUUCAGGAGGAGGGAAUUCGAGGAGCUUUAAGGCUUUCUUGCCAUGAAUCUGAACGAAACCAGAUGCCAGAGAUUUGCUGGAUGGAACGUGUUGGUGGUGGAGUCCCCACCCCUGGAGGUGUCCAGGGAACGACUGGACGUGGCCCUCAGUGCUCUGAGCUGGGUGACAAGGAACAAGGAUCUGAAGACACUCCUGGCCAUUGGAGGAUGGAAUUUUGGCACAGCUAAGUUCACUACAAUGGUUUCCUCUGCUGAGAACCGGCAGACCUUCAUCAAGUCUGUCAUCAAAUUCCUGCGCCAGUACCAGUUUGAUGGGCUGGACCUGGACUGGGAAUACCCCGGCUCCAGGGGCAGCCCAGCCCAGGACAAGGGGCUCUUCACCGUCCUGGUUAAGGAAUUGCUGGCAGCCUUUGAGCAGGAAGCCAAACAGACCAACCAGCCCCGUCUCCUGGUCACCGCGGCUGUGGCUGGAGGACUUUCCACCAUCCAGGCCGGCUACGAGAUUGCUGAGCUGGGCAAGUACCUGGACUACAUCCACGUGAUGACCUACGACUUCCACGGCUCCUGGGAGAAAAACACUGGCGAGAACAGCCCCCUGUUCACAGGCCCAGCUGACACUGGGGACUACAAGUACUUCAAUGUCGAAUACGCUAUGAAUUACUGGAAGGACAAUGGUGCCCCAGCUGAGAAGCUCCUGGUUGGCUUCCCAACCUAUGGAAAAAGCUUCACCCUGCAAAACCCAUCUGACACCUCUGUUGGGGCUCCAGCAUCAGGCCCUGGACCAGCUGGACCUUACACCAGGGAGGCUGGGACACUGGCUUACUAUGAGAUCUGCUCUCUCCUGAGCUCUGGAGCCACUCAGGCUUGGGAUGAACCCCAGGACGUGCCCUAUGCCUACAAGGAGAGCGAAUGGGUUGGCUAUGACAACACGAAGAGCUUCAGCAUCAAGGUCGACUGGCUGAAGAAGAAUAACUUUGGAGGGGCCAUGGUUUGGGCCCUUGACAUGGAUGACUUCACUGGCACUUUCUGCAAUGAAGGCAAAUACCCCCUGAUCUCCACCCUGAAGAAGGGCCUCGGUCUGCAGAACGGCGACUGUGUGCCUCCUGCUGAGCCCCUGCCUCCAGUCACUGAGGCUCCCACUACCACCAGUGGAAGCGGGAGCGGUGGCUCUGGUGGGAGCGGCGGCUCUGGUGGGAGCGGCUUCUGCGCCGGCAAAGCCAACGGCAUCUACGCAGACCCAGAGAACAACAAGAACUUCUACAACUGCUUGAACGGCCAAACCUUCGUGCAGAGCUGCCAACAGGGUCUCGUCUUCGACCCCGUCUGCUCCUGCUGCAACUGGCCAUGAAGUUCCUAAUCCUGUUCCAGCCAGCAGACCCCUCUGAUCCAACUGUACACAAUAAUGAUAAAUAAAGCUUUCUGCAAAAGCGACAAUCCUCCCUGUUUUAACUCAUCUCGUUCUUGAUAUUUUGAUGUUUCAUGAUUCUCCCAUGGUACCCAAACUUGUGCUCAGGGAAGGGAUAGAAUCCACAA